GCUAACAGCAAUUUUGAAAUUUUUCUAGCAAAAUAACUCUGAAAGUAGCCAGAACUAGCUAUAAAAUAGCUAAGUUGGCAAUAGUGACAGUGACUCUCAGAUUGAGACUAUAAAUAUAAGCAAUAACUUAGCAAAAGGCACAACGAACGACGCCAUUUGUUGGGGAAUAUCUAGCGGCGUUACACACGGACAGACGCGUGCGCAUACACAGACACAGGUAUUCACGCACGGCUCACUAAUACAAGUACAAAUUCGAAUACGAAUACCACCAAUACCAAUACCAAUACUAGAGAGAGUAAGAGAAGCAGCAAGCAGUAGGUCGUCGUCAUGCCACGAGGAAAGUAUGUUAACCACAAAGGUCGCAGCCGCCACUUUACGUCCCCGGAGGAGCUGCAACAGGAGUCCGAGGAGGAGAGCGACCAAUCCAGCGGCAGUGAGAAGGAAGACGCUGCCGGCGCUGCUUCCAAACAGCCGUCGGCGUCGUCGUCAGCGUCAGUCCGUAAACCUGUAAAGCCUCAGUCAAGACAAAAGCAGCAGCAGCAGCGGCAUCAGCAGGGCAGCUCAUCCGAUGAGGAAUCCGAAGAUGACGACUCCGAUGAUGAUUCGGAGGCGGAAGCACGUGAUGCCAAAAAGGGCGUGGCCUCGCUCAUCGAAAUCGAGAAUCCCAAUCGUGUUACCAAAAAGGCCACACAGAAACUAUCGCAAAUCAAAAUUGAUGAUACAAGUGGUGCUAGCGGCACAGGAGGUGGUUCAGGAGGGGGCGGUGGUGCCAGCAGCAAACCGGAAUUGUCACGUCGCGAACGCGAACAAAUUGAAAAGCAAAAGGCCCGACAGCGCUAUGAGAAGCUCCAUGCUGCCGGCAAAACAACCGAAGCGAAGGCGGAUUUGGCCCGAUUGGCGCUCAUCCGUCAACAGCGGGAGGAGGCGGCUGCCAAGCGUGAAGCGGAUAAAAAGGCAACUGCCGAUUUAGCCAAGAAGCCGCUGUCCAAGUAGUCAACUCUUUGGCAAUUGGGCUUAUGGCAAUUGGCGAUUGGUUAACUAUUCGACUUAUGGAAUAUAUCGAAUGAAUCGUUGUCAAGAACUUACAUCCUAACAUCCAACAUCCAACAAAUUGUGCGACAAAUUGAUAAACAAUUGAUAAACAUAAAUUGCAAUUGCUAUAUAAAUAAUUAAUGAAUUCGUUUCAACGUUUGUUCAGCAUGCAACAACAACUACAACAACAUUAACAACAACUUAGUUAAGAUUUGAGGUCCCAAUGUCAAAACUUUACUAAAAAUCUGUUUAUUUUUUUUUAACCUUUAAUUUAACGCAGUCUUUUUGUAAUUGAG